CUGAAACCGAGCGCAAUGCCAGACUUCUGGAAGACUGACGUACGUACCAAAGCCAGUGUACGUGACUGAUACUGACGUACAUCGUGCGGCAUCGACUCGCAUCUUACGUGGCUGUGAUCAGCAAAGCGGAGACUCUUCUAGGAGGCUUCGCAUGCUUGACGGCCUCACUCUAUACAGUAGUAUGUUUGAAGAUCUAACGGGGUAGGCGACGCUUAGAUCAUGCUAACUAGCACGAGCAUAGUACAAUCGAGGGUGCUAUGCGCCAUUUUGAGUUUUGCUGCAUGGGCAUCAUAACGGGGCCUGAUCGCCAUUCGACAGGUCGGAGGAAUCCGUGAAACGUAUGCGGUCGUUCGGAAGAUAUGACCCUAACCGAUCCAUGGAACGACUCAGACAUCCACCGACCGAUAUGAUAAUUACAUACAACUGGGAGGGUCUUGACGAUAUCAACUGACCGGCACCGGGACCGUGGAACGUGGCUUGGGAAGGUCUUCAUGCUGGCGAUGAUGUGCAGUCACCAGUGUGUAUAAAAAGAAUAUCGAUGCAUUGGACAUAAGCGCCGGAGUUGUCUGGGGUGGCGUGUAUCUGGCAGAUGAUUUGCAGGAGAUAGAGGAACAGAAAGCAUAAUACGGACUGAACUCGAUAUCCCGUUCAACUGCAGAACCGCGAGCCGGGAGAAGAGCAGAGCAGCGUUGCAACGAGAAUACAUCUUCAUAUUGGGCCGGGGACCUUGUCCGUGCACCAUCCAUGUACCUGAAUCCAGCGGGUCGGUCUUUUCCACCAGCAGUUCGAUUGGACCUCCGCCUGGCGGAGCACCGUUCGAAGAAGCGUCUAGCAGAUAGGAUGCAGUAAUAAUAAUUGUAAAAGCAAGAGGACGGCCAUCUUAUGGAGAUUUAUGACCGAUAGCGAUGUCAGGGGUUCACGGUGCAGAGCCGGACGGAAGCGUAUAUCUAUCAGGGAUCGUCGCCACCGUCCGCUGCCCCUGACUCUCUAACCAACUAGCCAACUCUAACCUCUGCAUGAGUCUGUACGAGAGAGUGUGGAGCGUUUGACAUUGAUAAUGCCUGGCUGCAGCAGCAGUCAAGUCUGAACACUUUAACCUUCGAAGCUUGCCUUUUUUUUUUUUUUUUUUUGCCUUUUCCUCCCUCCUCUGUUCAGAGUAAUAAUAGACCGUGCCGUGUCUCUUGUUCUCCCGGGGAAGCACAGCUCCAGCAACUUUGCGGACGCCUCCACUCCCGCUAAACCAGUGCUAUUGACUAUCUAUUUUUAUUCUGAGCAUCGCUGUUCCUCUUGCGUUUACCGCUAUCUACGUCCUGUUGGUUUUUUUUUUCUUUCCUUCCCGUCUUCGUUUUUCCUUCAUCCUCCUCUCUUCUCCUCUUAGUCGCCAGAGUCAGACACAUUCCAUCUCCACACGCCGUCCCCGUCGCUCCCUGUCCUCCUUCCCCAGCGGUCGCUCUCCGGUAUCCGUUUUGCAAGGGACGUCAGUAGGGCCGUGGCCAGCGACGAGCGACUCGAUCCCAAAGUCCUUACGACGGCCGAGGACUACAAUCCCAAAGCGACCCUACUGGAUAGCAUCGUAUCGGCCAAUAAUAAUAGAAACAAAACACCACUGGCGUGAAUUACAACGAUCUGAUGCUUCUCCGGUCGAUCAUUAUCCCUUCCUGAGACAGUGCCACAACCUGUCCUGGGAAAAGUCAUCGCACCUGUAUCUUUUGGAGGAUUGGCAAGGCUGGUUUCCUACCAAUCCUUCCUUAGAAACCGGAAGCAAGGAGACCCGACGCCGACUGGUGCCUGGGCAUACACGUUCGGUCGCAAGCGAGUUUGCUUGAUAUUUUAUUCUUUUUGAGAAUCCAAAUAUCACUUUUCUCAGUUUCGCGGUUGGAUCUAUCCUAUGGGCACCAUAUCGAAGAUGCCUUAUAGGCACUCCACCAUUUCGAACCUGGAUCUCAGCUCUUACACCAUGGGGAAAAAUCCAAAGAAAUUAUCUCCAUUGGCACCGAGCGUGCGAAGCCCUGAUGAUCAGGGGCCGUUGACUCCCAGUUCGCCCAAGUCCUCACCUCCACCGUAUGAUAGGGACACGACGAUCCGCCCGGUCACUCAAGAUUCAAGCAACAAUUCCGAUGGUUCAACUUUCGCGAGCUCUCCCCCAGCGACUAACUUUAACCCAAGUCUCACUGCGAUUCCCCAGUAUCCACCUUCGCCGAAGGAUUCCCCGAAACAUAAUCGAGACGUCUCAAAGUCUUUCUUCGCAACCCUGAAAGCUCCCAAAUCUUCCCAUAAGUCACAGGGUUCAAACAGCCCGGGACACCUGGCAGAGAAACCGAAAAGCCGCGGGAGUUCGAGGGAUCGCAGGACUCAGAUUUCAUCGAAACCGUACGGCUCUUCACCGGAUCUUCUUAGCACUGUUCAAAGUGCGGAGCAGCAAGAAAGGAAUGCUUCGACUUUCAACGACAAGAACUCACGCCAUCUAGGUCACAAGAAGUCCGGCGGAGACGGUGAAUUGGGCCUUACUGUCAAGAAGAGCAAACCUCGCUUCGCCAACUUCCUCUCCCGUUCCCGGUCCAUAAGGCUAGACGAUUCCGCUGCCAACAGGUUAGCCGCUCGACGACCGUCAACCAGCUUCCUCAAAUUAGAGGAAACCACCGAGCUCGUCACACAAGAUCCCCCGAAGAGCGCUCCGUUGCACCGUGAUGCCAUUAAUCGCAAUCAUAUUAUUAACCGCCAUAUCGAGCCCAGCCGCAGAGAGAAGAACUAUGCAGCAUCGAUGAACACAUCAUCUUCUCUAAGCCAUGUAUCAGAAGCUUCAGCUGCAUUGUUCAGCGGCAUAAAGCACUCGUCGAGCGGAGCAGCCGAUCGUAUUGGGAAGGCCGGGAAAGGAAUUUUCGGGAAAAUCACACGCAGCGGCAGCACAAAUGAACGGGAACUGGUCAACGAUGACAACUACGUGUGCUCCGUGAUCAACCUGCCUCUUAUCGAACAAACACGUCGAACCCGGAUAUCUAAAAAGCUGGAGAGCUCUAGAGAUAAGACAGAGUUCUGGAUGCCCGCUUUGCCAUAUCGUUGCAUAGAUUACCUCAAUUUCAAGGGUUGUGAAGAAGAGGGCCUUUAUCGAGUGCCUGGUAGUGGGAAGGAAGUGAAACAUUGGCAGCGACGAUUUGAUACAGAGUAUGACGUCGAUCUCUUCGAAGAACCUGAUCUGUAUGAUAUCAACACUAUCGGAUCUAUGUUCAAGGCGUGGCUUCGUGAAUUACCCGAUGAACUCCUCCCGAAGUCCACUCAAGCCAUGAUCGCAGAGAAGUGCGAGGGAGCAACCACCGCCCCUCAGUUGCUGAAGGAUGAGCUAUCCAAGUUGCCGCCUUACAAUUACUACCUCCUCUUCGCCAUCACGUGCCAUCUAAAUCUUCUCCACUCCUAUGUCGAUCAGAAUAAGAUGGACUAUCGCAACCUUUGCAUUUGCUUUCAGCCGUGCAUGAAAAUCGAUGCGUUUUGCUUCCAGUUCCUCGUCUGCGACUGGAAGAACUGUUGGCAGGGCUGCUGGACUGAAAAGGAAUACCUCAAAGAAGAGUACGAGUUAUUCGAAAAAGAGGCAAGGGCGAAAGAACUUGUCUCCAGAACCCUGCCGGAGUCUGCAGUUGGCGAAGAGAGAGCCGUGUCUUCUGCAAGUAGCCAGACUGCCGAAGAGGAGCCCUGCGGCCCUCCGCCGAAGACCCGGAAACAGCGGCCCCCGAGGCUCGAAUCCGUCCACAGCCGAACGGUUUCCCAGCUUCCGGAACUAGGGCCCCCACUGUCCCCCAUCCAGAUAUAGAACCUCAUCUAGGAGUGUUCAGCAGCUUUACAUCCAACCGCAAUUGGCGGCAUGGGAAUGUACCACAGACCAUAUCUUUAUUCUUGGAAGUUAAUGACGUAAGUCAAUUAUCUCUCCAUUAACGCUGGACGUUUUAUUUGGCAGUUACUACUUGUAUCCCUUAAUCUUCUUUUCCCGCGAACCAGAUGCGAUUAAUUAACAAUUGUUACCUCAGCUGGCGUGUUCGCAUAUCAUUGCAAAUUCGUCAGUCACUAGGGUGACAAUAAUUGCAUUUUUAUGUUCGAGUCCUUUCAAAUGAUCUUCGUUCAAUUUGUGUUUUGUUUAGAGAGCUGCAGACCAGUCUCCUUGUCUUUCCGUGUCACUUGAUUGCAUGUAGUUGGCGUUCGGAAUCGGUUGAGUUUUAUUUUGCGCUCAAAAAUGCGGCUCUUUUUUCUACUUUUUUUAAGUUCCGUUCGUCUUUUUCAUACCAUUCCAGCUUUUGUUUCUUGCUUUCAAGAUGGUUGUGCGCACACCCAAUGUAUACUUUCUGUUUUGUUGCUUCUUUUCCUGUUUUCUUUCCCUUUCUAUACGUUUCGCGAAUUUCUACCGAGUUCCUAUCCUUCCCUUGCUAUUGUGUUUUUGCUUGGCGUUUCAGUGAGGUGCUCGACUGGGAUAGAGUACAUAAUCACCUACUAUACCUACAUGUACUGUACGUACAUAACCUAAGAUGAAAGUGAGC